CGCAGGCGGAGACCGACAUUAUUUUUUUUUCAACUACGUGUUUACAAAUCCAUUCAAUCUCCGGGAUCGUGUUUUGUCGCGUCAGGAUUUUUUUACCAACAAACGAGUGCUAUCAUAUUCUUUCUCCAGUCCGUCGUUCGAUAUAUCAAGCUGAAGAGAACUGCUGCUGAAGCAGCAUUUUCUGCUCUGUGGUGGAAGUUUUGUGUUGUGUAAUCUGAGUGUGUGGAGGAAACCGGAGGAGCUGCACGUAGCUAAUGAUUAUUGUUUGUUCUAUAUUAGUUUCCUUAUCAGCAGAAACGAAAGGAACCAGCGGAGAGUGUUUGGCCCAUAACGACCGCGAGGAGCGAACCUACCUUCAAGAUGAUUCCCAGUAAAAAGAACUGAUAUUUGCUUCGCGGCACCACUUGGAAGAGGAUCUCUCUACCAAUUCGGUUUAGUAAUUGGGUUUGUCUUUGUGUUUUGGAAGGAAGUCUGGUGGAUUGAUUUGUCUGUUUAGUGGAAGUGCAUUCAGCAUUGAAUAGUUUAAGCGAAGUGAAGAAAUCGUAAACCGACCUCGAGUUCGAGUCAGCCGUACUUCUCCAAUUAAUGGCUAGUUCUAUGAACAGCAAGUCCCGUUUUCGUCGUAGAUUGGCUGCGAUCUCCUUUCUGUCCAACAUUUCGCUGGACGGCACCCACAGAGAUACGAAACUUGGCCCCUUACACGGUUCCGGUGCAGGCGGUGGCCCCCUUCAUUCCAAUUUAAACAACAACAAUGUCGACGGCGUACGCACAGGCAAUUUCGAUGACUCCUCCGAGGAUAACAUCGACGACCCUGGGAUGGGCCCAGACGGUGAAUUCGCGAACAAUACUGAGUAUAUGGAGUCCAAGCUGAUGGGAGGAAAUGCAAACGGUGCGACCAACGGAACCAUUGUGCAAGGUGCUACUGUGAAACGAACCCGUGCCCGAACUGGCACGUUUGGCAAGAGUCCUGACAGGAACGCAGUUCAUCGGAUUGACAGCGAGGGCAACGUGGUGUUCUCGAAAGUCACCUCUACCGCGUUAAAGGACAGAGAAAAUGUAAAUCCCAACGACAGUAUUCAUUACUAUCAUCCCGCGGACAAGCGGGCCCGGGCGAACUCUACCUCGUUACGCGCAGGAGCGCCUGGUGUAAAGCGUACACUGCUAGUGAACGCUACCGGUGACGAGAAACGUGAACUCCCGAGCAAUAGCAGCACGGAAAGUCUGAUUCAGGGUCGUCGCAAUGUCUUGAUUCACGAGCCCGCAUCACGCGAGGUUAAAUUUUUACCCUCAAACAUAGGGCGUAACUACAAUUUCCGCGAUGAGCGCGUCGUGCUGGUCUCGAAACGCAGUCCCUGUUUCUUGUUUUCGGUGAUUCCUUACUAUAAGGGAAAAUCCUCGCGUGCUGAGAUACGUCGUGAGGGACGUCGUCGUAAUCCAUCCGGUACCAGACCGUUGUCUUCGAUCAACGAUUUACCAUUCGAUGCGUUCCGGCUGCUUGGUAUCGAACGGGGUGGCGAACCAGGUCAAGAGAUUUCCUACGGAUAUUUGUUAAUCCCUUCUAAACAAUACCACAAAGAGAAGAAGCACGAAAAAAGCUCCCGCAGUGGAUUCGAAAUAACAAAUUUUGCAUCGUUGGAAAACCACGCCGCUGCACGGUACUACAGCUACGAGUCCAACCGUAAUGCCACCGCCAGUCCCUCACAAAACUUGAACAGUUUAGAUGCAGUGAAAUGUGACCUUGAAGACGGAUUCGCCUCAAUAUCAGGAAUGCAAUACUCGCCGAACAUUUUGGACGACCCGGAGUUGAUCGCCGGCAAACAUCGUACACUGUUGACCUUCACCUCGUACAUGACCUCCGUGAUCGAUUACGUGCGUCCAUCGGAUCUCAAAAAGGAGCUAAACGACAAGUUCCGAGAGAAGUUUCCCCACAUUCAGCUGACGCUUAGCAAGCUAAGAAGUAUUAAACGCGAAAUGAAGCGUAUCAAUAAAAUGGACGGACGCAUCGAUUUCCUAACCAUCUCGCAAGCAUACGUCUACUUCGAGAAGCUAAUCCUGUCCAAUAUGAUCAACAAGGACAACCGCAAGCUAUGUGCUGGUGCUUGCCUGCUGCUCAGUGCCAAGCUGAACGACGUCAAGGGCGAGGUGCUGAAAAGUUUGAUUGAGAAAACGGAAAGCGUGUUUCGUCUGAACAAGAAAGAGCUGAUCGCUUCGGAGUUUGCCGUUCUGGUGGCGCUUGAGUUCAGUCUGCACGUCCCGACCAGCGAGAUUCAUCCACAUUACCAGCGUCUUCUGUACGAGUCCUAGGGCCGUUCGCCAUGCAUUGCAGAACAGAAUUACUCAGAUGAUGCUAUUAUUGAACUUGUGCUAUUUUCCCGUUGUAUUUAGUUUUGGUUCUAUUAUUUGUACUCCGUAUUUUUGUCGUUAGAAUUUAUUGUUUUAAACUUUAUUUAACGUUUAAAAUUUGAAAAAAAAAGUUACGUUUAUAAUAAAACAGUUUAAAUACUUGA